GUGGUAAAAGAAUUGUUGAAACCGGAUAAAUCGGACCCAGGCGCCUCUAUGCAAGGACUUGAAUACGUAAAUGUACCAGCAAAUGGGGAUCGAGAAUACCGGCUGAGUCUUUUCGCCUACCGAGAGGGAACUGUUCAGGUUAAGCUGACGUUCACUAAUGAAGACACAAAAGAAUACCAGUAUUAUGAGCUACAUCUCAAAUUCGUGCGUCCAGAUCCAGUGGAGGUUGUUCGGCUCCGUACUCCAGUGCGUAGACCGAUCGCGUACACCAUCCACCUGAACAACCCGUUGAAAGUACCGGCGAAUUUUCGCUUAACGACAACUGUGCCAGAAGUGCAAAUCCCUUCACAGGUACAGAUUCCACCAAAUUGUUCGGGGUCAGUAACCUUGGAAUUUGUCCCACUUUGUGUGGGGACAUACAAUGGACGACUAGAUGCAAGCUGCGCCGAGCUCGGCGUUAUUUCGUACGCACUGGAGCUCAAAGGUACACCCGCGGCAAACGAGCCUCCGGUGCAGUUCCAGGCAUCUCUCGGACAACGUCAUGUACGCACGUUACGGUUCAUCAAUCACGCCAAAGUUAAGACAGAAUUCCUUGCAAAGCUUGACAAUACGGAAUUCCAGUGCGACAAAUCUGUCACAGCAGCAGCCAACCUGGAAGUCGGCAUGGAUGUGACAUAUGAACCAAGCGCGGUUGGCACAGCAUCGGGCUUUCUGACCCUUUCCAGUUCCCACGGAGGAGAUUAUGUGUUCCCUUUGAAAGGAGUUGCAACAGAGCCCCAACCACAAGGCCCAUUCACCAUCAGGGCUGGUGAGAUGACGCAUAUUUGGUUCCGCAACGUGUUCAAUUCAACCAUGCUGUAUUCGUUUCAAGUCAGAGAAGAAUAA